AUGGAUGAAGCGUGGGCCUUGCUGGGAACCGAAGCGGGUAAAGCAUUGGCGGAUACUAUUGUCCGUACCGGCCGAAGCCUCAAUGGUGGUGCCGUGUUCAUUACUCAAAAUGCCACGGAUGUUGCUGGAGAUCUGGCAGGGAAUAUCGGUGUCAAGUUUGCAUUUCGCGACCAAGACAGCGACAAAAUUAAAAACACUCUUGCCUAUUUCGGCUUAGAAGCUACUCAGCAGAACAUUGAUAUGAUACGAAAUCUAGAAAAUGGUCAGUGUUUGAUGCAGGACCUUUACGGGCGUAUUGGUCUAGUCCACAUUGAUGUCGUAUUCCAGCACUUGUUUGAUUGCUUCGAUACCCGUCCUCAUGCCAAAGAGGAAGAGCAGAGCUCAGGAAGAAAACGCCAAAUGUGCUGCAGCGUUUCCAAAAUUACUAUGAUGAAGAGUACGGGUGAGGAGGAGGUAGCCACCCCGGAUGAACAACAAAAGUUAAAGCGUAGCUUUACG